AUGGAUAAUAAUUCAGCUAUACUCGAUGGAACAACUCCGUUUGUCAUUCAAUUACCACCACCUGAUCGUUUCGAACCAACGUGCAUUGCUAAAUUAGAACCAAACCAACGAAACGUUAAUUUACAAGUAAUUGUAAUAAAAAUAAAUCAGCCGCAAAAAACACGAGAAGGACAUGAAGUUUAUUCAUUAAAAGUUGCUGAUAAAACUGGUUCAAUCUAUUUGAAUGUAUGGAAUACGGUUGGAAAACUUAUUCGAGAAAGUGAUAUAUUAAGAUUAACCAAUUGUAUAACACAAGUAUUUAAAAAUUCAUUAUGCAUUAAAUUAGGACGAUUGGGAAGUAUACAACGCACAAAUGAUUUUUUAAUGGAUUUUUCGGACGAACCUGAUAUGUCAAUAUUGGCGUUAUCAGCUCCUGAAAUGCUCAAGUUAAUCAAAGAACAACAACAAGGUGGACAAAAGCGUCAUUUUGAAGGAACAGGUGGAAAUGAAGAUAAUGGAACACGUACACAGGGACAAAUGAGCGCUAAACGAACUAUUCAUACUCAUCCUAGUUGA